AUGGCAGAGACAGAGAGAGGAUAUGGUCUCUUCUUCUUCUUCAGGGGAUUGACUGAUCUUGACACCGGUGGAACCAAAGGCACUGGAAGAAGGAUGGUGCAAAUUAUUCCAGAAAGUGUGGGAAAACUAUGGAGCGAAUGGAACGUUAGGGUAAUGGUUGUAAGCAGCCUAUGCUUACAAGUCCUGCUAAUACUCUUUGGAAAUCGACGCAAGUACAUUGCAAAACCCUGGAUCAGAAUUGUCACUUGGACAGCAUACUUAUCAGCAGAUUGGGUUGCAACUGUUGCCCUCGGCAUGAUAUCCAGCUUUCAAGGAGAAAAUAAUGAUCCAGAAAGUUCCACAAAUUCAAACAGCAGCCAAAUCCUGAUGGUUUUCUGGGUACCCUUUCUUCUGCUUCACCUUGGCGGCCCAGACACCAUCACUGCUUACUCAUUGGAGGACAAUGAGCUCUGGCUGAGACACCUCUUGGGCUUACUUGUGCAGGCUGUAGCCGCUUUAUACAUCUUUUUGCAGUCAUGGACAGCAAGCCAGUACCAGCUCCCCUCACUAGCAAUACCGAUUUUUGUUUCAGGAAUUAUCAAGUAUGGGGAGAGGACUUGGGUCCUGCGUUCUGCAAGCAGUGAGAGAUUUAGGGAGCUGUUGCUCCCACCCCCUAACCAAAGUGAUUAUGCUGAGUUUACCGCUGAAGUUUAUUCCAUACAAAGUCGGGGAGAGCCUGUAGCUUUCUCUAUGAUCCCUGAAGCUCCAUAUAUACCUGCAGUUUGUCCCACUAUUGCUGAAGCCAAACCUCUCCAUGAAGCCUAUCAAUUAUUCAAAAUCUUGAAGCAUCUCUAUGCGGAUUUGAUCCUUGAUCAUUAUGAUGAACGAUUGUGCUAUUACAUGAUCAGCGACCAUCCAUUCGAUUACGUCUUCAAACUACUGGAGAUUGAGCUUGGCUUUAUGUAUGAUGUGUUGUACACAAAGGCAAACGUGGUGUAUUCUCUCACAGUUCUCACAGAUUGGGCACAAUAUUGGUUAAGCAAGUAUAAACAUACGCUUGCUCCACCUAUGUAUCGAGCAAUCUCUUACUUCCGGUUGAAAUUGAGCUAUGAAAAAGGGUGGUCCGGAACCAUGACACAAUUCAAUCUCAUUGAUUUUUGUCUAAAAGAGAAGCCCGUAAAGUUUGUUGGAAUUCAAAAGUUCAUUGGCACCUAUGACAGUUUGGAGAAGUACUGCUAUUCAACUUUAGAGGAUGUCCCUAUCAAAAUGAAACAAUUUAUCUUUGAGCAACUCAAAGUUGCUCGAAGCGAACAUCACGUUAGCCAAGUCUUGAGUUGGAGAGGUGAUCAAGUGCUAAAGAAGACAAAUUGUGAUGACAAAUUGAUAUGGAGCUUGGUUGAACUACCUUUCGACCAGAGCAUUCUUCUGUGGCACAUAGCAACUGAUUUGUGCUACUAUACUGACCUAGAAAAAUAUUCGGAGAUCCCUACUUCUGAUUCGAAACACAGUUUCAGCAAGUUGGUCUCGAAUUACCUGAUGCACAUUCUCGUGAUGCGCCCCUUCAUGUUGCCAAAGGGAAUUGGGAAAAUUAGGUUCCGCGAUACUUGUGCUGAGGCCACAAAAUUUUUUGAGAAGAGAAGAUGUAUCAUAAGUGGUAGUAAUGGAAAAGGCCGUGCCCGUCAAGUGUUGCUUGAGGUGAACACAGAGGUGGAUCCAGAGAUAGUGAUUGGGGACAGAAGCAAGACAGUAUUGUUUACCGGGUGUAGGCUUGCAAAACAGUUGCAAUCACUUGAAACGGAGGAAGGAUGGGGAAAUGAAGAGAAAUGGGAAAUGAUAGCUAAGGUGUGGAUAGAGAUGUUGUGCUAUGCAGCAAGCCAAUGUGGAUGGAAUGAACACGCUCAACAUCUUAGAAAGGGAGGAGAGCUUCUUACUCAUGUUUGUCUUCUCAUGGCAAAUUUUGGUUUGAGUGAAUACAAUUUCAGAUAA